AUGGUUGCUAGUCCACAGGGCUUUCAAAAUGACAUCAGAGGUUUUGUCCCUAAUUCCAGGUGGGAAAAUGAAGAGAUUUAUAGGGAUUGUUGGAGUUGGUCACUCAUGGUCCUCUUAUGCGCCCUUUUGUUGCCGUCGAGAGUGUCGUUCGGAGAAAAAUCUGAACCCGAAACUUUGAGCUUUUUUCAAUGCUCCCACAGCACUUCGCAAGGGAGUUCACAGUUUGCACCUUGCUGA